ACGGGAAAAGGCGUGCGAAAGGACUCGACAACAAACGUAACUUGUCUCUCAGAUCAAAUACGUCUCGAUAGCCUCAAACAGAGAGAUAGAGAUACCCAUUAAUGGUGGCUCUCUGCUCUAGCGAUUCUCUCUGAAAAAGUGAAAACCUUUUAUUUGUCAACUCCUCUCAGUGACAGAGGUUCGUUGCCUUGCCCUCGUGUUGUUUAGUUUCAUACCGCGUGAAGCUUUCGUCAUCAAUUCAUCAUAAAGGAGCCGUGUUAGCACACGCAAUCUCUCUUUCUCUCUCUCUCUCUCCAAUCUCCAUAUCUUUCUCCUCUAAUCCGGAGAAGUAGCUCGACCAUCCAGAUCCUCCAACUUGCUUCCUUAAGGAAGCUUUUUUUGCUUUUUCUUCCUUGCGCGUGGCCCAUUCUCUUCUCCAUAGUUUCCAUACCUGUUCUGAAAGCUCAUCAAGUCUACAGCUCUUAGUUUCUGAAAGAUGGAGGUCAAAUUAUGGAAUGAUAAGCGCGAGAGGGAAAUGUAUGAGAAUUUCGCUGAGCUUUAUGCUAUCAUCAAAGCUACUGAGAAGCUUGAGAAGGCUUAUAUCCGUGAUCUGAUCUCUCCAUCUGAGUAUGAAACCGAGUGCCAGAAACUCAUUGUCCACUUCAAGACACUAUCUGCAACGCUCAGAGACAUGGUACCAAAUAUUGAAAGAUUUGCAGAGACAUACAAAAUGGAUUGCUCAGCUGCAGUUUAUCGCCUUGUGACUUCCGGUGUACCAGCUACUGUGGAGCAUCGAGCUGCUGCUUCGGCUUCUACGUCAAGCUCUGCUUCUGUUGUUGCUGAGUGUGUACAGAACUUCAUCACUUCCAUGGAUUCUCUGAAACUCAACAUGGUUGCUGUUGAUCAGGUGUAUCCGCUGUUGUCUGAUCUCUCUGCUUCUCUUAAUAAACUAAGUAUUUUGCCACCGGAUUUUGAGGGGAAGAUAAAGAUGAAGGAAUGGCUUUUGAGGCUGUCUAAGAUGGGAGCUUCAGAUGAACUCACGGAGCAGCAAGCAAGGCAACUUCACUUUGACCUCGAGUCAUCCUAUAACUCUUUUAUGGCUGCUUUGCCUAACGCUGGGAAUUGACCGAUGUGCCACUAGAGAUUGAUGUGUGUUUCGGUUUAUUUUGUAUAACUUGGCUUGAUGUAGUUUACAAUGAUGGCUUUAGGACAAUGAUUUUUGUUUUAAGACAAUCUGCUACAUUCGGGAGAUGAAUGUAUGUAGACAAAGCAAGGCCUUUCCUUUUGUUAUGUGAAGUUCAUGCCAAUCCAGAAAAUUGUUAUCGAAAUGUAAUGUAUGAAAAACUAAGCUUUUACAUUAUUUUUA